AUGUCAUCUGAUAAAGAUAAAAAAAGUUCUCCAUCUGAACAACUUAAGAAAACAGUCGAUCUUUGGUUAAAAUGGGAUCAAUGUGAAAUAACAAAAGCAGAAAUUGAAAAAUUAAAAACUGAUAAUAAAUGGGAUGAUUUAGAAGCUCGUUUAUCUCAUCGAAUUCAAUUUGGUACAGCUGGUCUUCGUGCUAAAAUGGGUAGUGGAUUUGCUUUAAUGAAUGAAUUAACUGUUAUUCAAGCAACACAAGGUCUUAUUCGUCAUAUUCAAGAAACAUUUAAAGAGAAAAAAGAUUCUCUUUCUGUUACGAUUGGUUUUGAUGCUCGUCAUCAAUCAAAAGAUUUUGCUCGUUUAGCUGCAGCAUUAUUUGCUCAUGAAGGUAUUCAUGUUUAUUUAUUUGAUUCAAUAACAGUUCCAACACCAUUCAUUCCAUUUACUGUUCAAAAAUUAAAAUGUCAAGCUGGUAUUAUGGUAACAGCAAGUCAUAAUCCAAAAGAUGAUAAUGGUUAUAAAGUUUAUUGGGAAAAUGGGGCACAAAUUAUUUCACCAUUAGAUGCAAAUAUUGCUGAUUCAAUUGAAGCCAAUUUAGAACCAUGGAAAGGAAAAGCAUGGAAUUUAGAUAUUUUAAAAGAUAAAAAUUCCAAAUUAAUAUCUGAUCCAAUUGAAAAAAUUCGUGAUUUAUAUAUAUCAAAUUUAGCAAAAUUAUGUAAUUUUCCUGAAAUCAAUGCGUCAACUCCAUUAAAAUUUGUUUAUACACCUGUUCAUGGUGUUGGUCAACCUUAUGCUGAACUUGCAUUUGCUGCAUUUAAAUUUCAACCAUUUAUUUCUGUUGAUAAACAAAAAAAUCCAGAUCCUGAUUUUUCAACAGUUAAAUAUCCAAAUCCUGAAGAAGGAAAAGAAACACUUGAAUGUGCUAUUGAAACAGCUAAUAAAAAUAAUGCAGAUUUUAUCGUUGCAACUGAUCCAGAUGCUGAUCGAUUUGCAUUAGCUGAAAGAGAUACAUCAGGUUCAUCGGAAACUGGUUGGAGAAUUUUAACAGGAAAUCAAUUAGGAGCUUUACUUGGUUGGUGGCGUUGGUUUACUUGGCGUAAUCGAAAUCCAACAGUUAAUGUUAAAGAUGUUUAUAUGCUUUAUUCAACUGUUUCAUCUCAUAUUCUUAAAUCAAUUGGUGAAGUUGAAGGUUUUAAUACAAUUGAUACAUUAACAGGUUUUAAAUGGCUUGGUAAUCGAUCACAUGAAUUACUUAAUGACAAAAAACAUGUUAUUUUUGGUUUUGAAGAAGCUAUAGGAUUUAUGUGUGAUCCAGAAAAUGUAUUAGAUAAAGAUGGAAUAUCAGCAAUGGCUGUUGGAUCAGAAAUGUGUGCUUAUUUAAAAUCAAUUGGUCGAACAUUAUAUGAACAAUUAGAUCAAAUCUCUUUACUUUAUGGUUUUCAUAUUAAUAAUAAUUCUUAUGUUAUUUGUAAUAAAACUGAUGUUAUGCUUAAAAUGUUUAAUCGUUUAAGACAUUUUGAUCAAAGAGAAGAUCAAAAAAAAGAAGUAGAAUAUUUUUAUUUCAUUUUAGAAAAU